ACAGUGUCGUAUUCAAUUUUGCUAAACUUGACAUGACCGACCAUAAACGUUAUUUGGAUAUGCCGUUGAAGAUAUUCCCUUGUCACGUCUUUUUUUUAACACGCCGUCAAUGACAAGCAAUGAUGUCACUGCUGGUGACGUAUUCGCAAGUGGCGAGAUUACAAAUCAUAAACAAUGCUCAGUUUCAGGAAAUGUAAUGCUUUACAAGUGGCUAAGGUAACGCUCAAUAUCGAGUUGUCUUGGUAAAAGAAAAAACAUGAGAGAUGGGAUGGAAUCUUCGGGAAUUCCCUCUGAAAAUAUAGAAUUGGAAUAUUUUUGUGGAGCUCAGAAUGAAUGCACCCGCCGAAUCUCUCCUCAGAUACGAUCCUCCAGUUAUAAUUCCCAAAAGUGCAGAUAAAAAAUCAGCAAAGGGACGUCCUCCAAAACCCCUCAAGUCAAAACCUCAGCAGCCUGCAGACUCUUUACUACGUCUUCGUAAAUCCAUAACAGCAACGCUCGAAGACAUCAAGCAGAAAAAUGAGAACCUUCUCAAUCUUAUGUUUCCACCCAGGAGAUGGGAGGAAGCAAACAAAGAGUGGGUGCAAAAAGUCUGCAGUGAACCAUCUACUCGAGUGGAUGUGGUGAACUUGGAGGAAGAGUUGGACAAGAAGCUGCUGCAAACACGGGCUAUGGAGACUGGAAUCUGCCCUCUGAGAAGGCAGUUAUACACCGAGUGCUUUGAUGAGUUGAUCAGACAGGUGGUCCUCAUUUGUGCCGAGAGGGGUCUCUUGUUGCUGCGGGUAAGAGACGAGAUCAAAAUGACCAUUGCUGCCUAUCAGACGUUCUAUGAGAGCAGUAUGGUUUUUGGCGUGAGGAAAGCCCUGCAUGAUGAACAGGACAAGGUGGCCCUGAAGGACAGAAUUUCUGAUUUAGAGAACUUAAAAGAGGAGCUGAUAGAGAAACUGGAUUACCAAAAAAAGAAAUGUGUGGAAGUGAAGAAAAUGGCAGCUGAAAAACAGGAAGUGCAAGAAAAGAAGUGCACUGAGGAGAUUCAGAGCUUGAGGAAAAACAACCAACAGAUGAAGGUCCAACUGGAGGGGCUCCUCACAGCCAAAAAGUAAUUUUGCCUAUAUGGGAUGAAUUGUCCCAGUGUUGAACAUUUGUACUUUUUGACAUCUCUUUGGAGGAUGCUACACAGGGGACAUUUGCUCUAAAGUUGAAAGGUCAAAGUGAAUUGUCAACUAUUGCGCUGCUGUGGCCGCAUCAGAGUGCGUGCAACGUCGUCGGCCACUGUUGCACAGACUCAAUUUCCACAAUGGCGAGACACCGUUGGCCACAACACACACGCAUAUUGGGAACUGAGUGGACUAGAGGUGUCAAAAAUGAUCGAUUCAUCCUUAGUCGCCUCAUAUUCUAAUAUUAAACUGUGUAGAGCCAUUUGUCGACUAAAGAUUGUCCAAAUCUUUUGAUUUCAGGCUCUCAAAAGUAACAAUUGAGAUUUUUUUCAGCACUUUAUAAAAGCAGAGUAAUUUUUUUUGGUGUUUAAUCAAUAAGACAUUUGCAAACAUCUGCUUUUACUUUGGAAAACAAUGACCAUUUUUUUUCUUGCGUGGUAUUGCCUAACUGUUUUGUUGCCAAUAAUUAUGAAAUAAAAAAAGUUGAAUAAAUCGUAAUGAAGGAAAAAAACUUUUUUUAAUACACUAACGCAAAUAAAAUUUCAUCCAAUUAUUUGCUGGACAACGAAUACAUGCGACAGUACCACAU